AAUUGAAAUAUUCAAAACCACACCAUCUAAAUUUCCAGUCAUUGCCAGUUAAUUAUCAUUAUUAUUAUUCCUCUCCUUUUUAAAGUUGAAAAGGCCUCCCCAAAAAUGAUUGAAUAACACCAUAAUUGCCCCACAUCACUUUGAAGUUUGAAGUUUGAACACACCACAAACAAUUAAAACUGUAGACCCGUUAUUUUAUUUUUACUUUUUUUUUUCUCAAUAUCCAAUCUUCCUUUUUUCGUUUGUUUAAUUUCCCCUUUGCAAAAAUUGCAAUAAAUGCCUAAUUUUGCACUUAAUUCAUCCAUUUUCCCAAAAUGAAAUUCAAUUUCCUCCAUAAUUACAGUCUUUUUUCGGUCGCAAUAAUAAUAAUCAUCGUCCCUUUCCCCGCCGCCUCCGCCGGCGCCCGGUGCAACCACACGUGCGCCGGCCGCACCGUCCCCUUCCCCUUCGGCUUCUCCGCCGCCUGCCCGAUCCGCCUCGACUGCGCCCCCGGCGGCGCCGUCCUCGCCGCCGGCCUCCCCGUCCAGUCCAUCGACGGCGACACCCUCUCGCUCGGCCUCCGGGCGGCCUGCCGCCGCCCCGUCGAGGCGCUCCGCCGCCUCUUCACCGAAAAUUUCGCCCCGACGGCGACAAACGCGAUGCUCCUCCGCGAAUGCCGGAACCGGACCACCGGCGCCGAUUGCUUCAUGCCGCGGACGGCGGUGCAGACGCACUUCGAGCUGGCGGACUGCGACGGUCCCGCCGUCGCCUGCUACGCGGAGGCGCCGAACCGGACGGCGUUCAUGGACUACCGGAGGAUGACCAGGAGCGGGUGCCGGUGGCUCUUCUCGGCGAUCUCGAUGAAUGCGCUGGCGAACGACUCGUCGGUGUCGCUGGACGUGGAGGUGGUGAGGGUCGGGUGGUGGUUGCGCGGCGGCUGCCGGUGCUCGGAACACGGGAGGUGCGUCCACGUGUCGCCGCCGGAGGAGGGGAAUGGGGCGGCGUACAGGUGCGAGUGUUUGGAAGGGUUCACCGGCGAUGGGUUCCGCGACGGCUUGGGCUGCCGGCAAGCAUCGCUAGCAUGCGACCCGCCUAAGUACUUAUCGGGCCAAUGCGGAGGAACAAAACGAGUCGGCAUUUUGAUCGGAGCUGCAGCCGUUGGCGCCUUCUUCAUGGUGAUGCUCGGCCUAAUCGUCUGCCUCGUCCGAAACAAAUCCAAGCUGACGGCGACCCGAAGCAGAAGAGUCCCCCGCCGCCGGGACCCGCACGAGACCUCCGGUAUCACAAUCCCGAUCUACCCCUACACGGAGAUCGAGAAAGCCACCGACUUCUUCUCCGAGAAAAGGAGGCUCGGGUGCGGGGCCUACGGCACCGUCUACUCGGGAAGAAUCAACGACGAGUGGGUCGCGGUCAAACGGAUCCAGCGCAGGUACCCGUCGUGCACCGAGCAGGUCCUGAACGAGAUCCGUCUGAUCUCGUCCGUGAGCCACCCGAACCUCGUCCGCCUCCUCGGGUGCUCCCUCGACCGCGACGACGAGCACGCCCUCGUCUACGAGUUCAUGCCCAACGGGACCCUCGCCGAGCACCUCCUGGCCAGGCUGGGCCGGGCCCCGCUUCCGUGGCCCGUCCGCCUCACCAUCGCAGCCGAGACGGCCUCCGCCGUGGCCCACCUCCAUGGCGCGGGCCCGAGGCCCAUCUACCACCGGGACAUCAAGUCGAGCAACAUACUCCUCGACGCGCGGUUCGGGUCCAAGGUGGCCGACUUCGGGCUCUCGAGGCCCGGGCCAGGCGGCGAGCUGUCGUCGGCGACGUCCCACGUGUCGACCGCGCCGCAGGGGACGCCGGGCUACGUGGACCCGCAGUACCACACGAGCUUCCGGAUGUCGGACAGGAGCGACGUGUACAGCUUCGGGGUGGUCCUCGCGGAGAUUAUCACGGGGAUGCAGGCGGUGGAUCUCGAGCGCCCGAUGGAGGAGGCGAACCUGGCGACGCUGGCGGCCGACAGGAUCGGGAAGGGUCGGUUGGACGAGAUAUUGGACCCGGCUCUCAAGGAAGAGAUGGCGACUGCGGAGGCGGACAGUGUCGCGUGGACCCGGGAGUCGGUGGGCCGGGUGGCGGAGCUCGCGUUUCGGUGCCUGGCGUGGAACGGGGAAGCGAGGCCGCCGAUGGGUGAGGUGGCGAAGGAGCUCGAGGGGAUUAGGGUAAGUAGAUGGAUAGCUUCACAUGUGGGCCCCACCACGACGAUGGCGGCCCGUCUCUCGUUGUCGUCGGAUACGAGCGAGAGACCGUUGAACUCGACGGCGGGAGAUGAGGAUGGGGGCGGGGGUGCGUUUUUCGGGAGCGAGAAUUCAGGGGACGACACGUGGCGGAGCGAGGGGAGCUCGUCGAGUAGUUUGUUGAAUCGGCAGGCCGUCGAGAAAAUUAAUGAUAGGUCAAUCUAG